AUGGGAGCCGUUCAGUACUUCGGCAACGCCGCUAAGGUUUACGUCGGCACCGAGAUUGCCAUCGGCCUGGGCCUCGGCCUCGUCGCGGGCGCCGUGUGGAAGAACUGGCACUGGCAGACCCGCGCCAAGGAGCAGGCGUACUUCGCCAGCAUCAAGGGGAAGUGA